AUGAGUAACGCUGACUAUUAUCAACAGAGUCAACCUCCUCAAUACUCCAAUGCUCCACAGGGCCAACAUCAAGAUUAUGAGGCUCAACAAAAGACUUUUGAUACUGACCAACCGCAACCAUCAAAAGAUUUUGACCAAUCAUUCCAAGUAACAAAGCCAAAGUUUAACGAUUGGCCAUUUACAGUGUUUUUCUUGGCUGUUGUUGGAGGAUUUAUUGCCAUUGCUGGUAUCACCCUUAAUGCUCUUAGACAAACCUAUGGAUUCCAAGGCUCCUCUAUCUACCACAAUACCAAUGCAUUCACCUUGAAUACCAACACGGUGAUUCUCUUUGCCUUUGUUGUAGUUGUGGGGGUAGUUUUAUCAGCAUUAAUUAUUGUUUAUGCGAGAUUGGCUCCAAGGGUAUUCAUUACCACUGGUUUAAUUCUUAAUGUGAUCUUGGGUCUAGGUUCUGCAAUCUAUUAUUUUGUUAAGGGCUACUAUUCACCAGCUAUUGUGUUUUUGGUAUUCACUUUAAUUACCGCUUGGGGUUAUUGGUGUGCAAGAAGUAGAAUCCCAUUUAGUGCUACUGUUCUUGAAAUUACCAUUGAUGUGAUGAAACGUUAUCCAUCUACUUUAAUGACUUCAUUCAUUGGUAUUCUUAUUUCUGGUGCUUUCAGUGCCUUGUUUUCCAUUGUGGUGGUUGCCACUUAUGUCAAGUAUGAUCCAAAUUCAAACAAUGAAGGUUGUAGUGCCAGUGGAGGUUCUUGUUCUCAAUCCAAAUUAAUUGGUAUCCUUGUGUUUGUAUUCUUUGCUGGUUAUUAUAUUUCUGAAGUAUUUAAAACAAUCAUUCAUGUUACCAUUGCCGGGAUUUAUGGUACUUGGUACUACUUGUCUAACUCUGAUCAAGGUGAACCAUCCCAUCCAGCUCUUGGUGCAUUGAAGAGAGCCUUGACUUAUAGUUUUGGAUCUAUUUGUUUUGGUUCCUUAAUUGUUUCUUUAAUUCAACUUUUGAAGGCUGUUAUUCAAAUGCUUAAACAAAAUGCAUUUAAUUCCGGAGAUUAUUGUGCUGGAUGUGGAUUACUUAUUUUGGAUUUCAUCAUUGGAUUAAUUGAAUGGUUGGUUCGUUACUUUAAUCAUUAUGCUUAUUGUUAUGUUGCCCUUUACGGUAAGAACUAUAUUCGUUCUGCAAAGGAUACUUUUGAUUUAAUCCGUUUCAAGGGUAUGGAUGCAUUAAUUAAUGAUUGUUUCAUUAAUACUUCUUUGAAUCUUUAUUCUUUAUUCGUUGGUUAUCUUACUGCUUUACUUGCUUACUUUUAUUUGCAAUUCACUGAUCCUGAAUAUAAUAGUACUGGUGCAUACACUGCACCUGUGGUUGCAUUUGCCUUUUUAAUCGCUGGUCAACUUACUCGUGUUUCCAUGGCGGUUAUCGAAUCAGGUAUUUCUACCUUUUUCGUGGCCUUGGCAAAGGAUCCUGAAGUUUUCCAAAUGACAAAUAGACAAAGAUUUGAUGAAAUUUUUAGAAAUUAUCCACAAGUUUUACAAAAACUUACCGGUAAUCAUUAA